AUGACGUCAACUCCUUCACUUUUCAUCGCUGGCGAUGCUCCUCUCUACCUCUUUCUGUCUCCACCAGAUACAACGCCACGAGUCGACUGGGUGCGAGGUGGCUCAAGUUUCGUAAAUCGCCUUUUGACAGGCUCCACUGGAAAUGGUUCGAAAUUCCGCGCACAUGGUCCAGACCUCUCCCCCAGAGAACAUCAAGAUCUACAUGCAAUCAUCAAACUGAAACUCAUUGCCGCCGAUGAAAAGGAACCCAGCAGAUUGUCGCUUCACAGUGAGCAGUGUCUUGAAGCGAAGCCACGUGGGCAUUUGCCCAGUGGAUCUUUACCUAGCGGCGACAGCGAGAGCUCAGUCUACAUAUUCCAGGAUGCACGCGCAUAUGCACAGUUCGACGAACAGGAUACAGAGAGGGCCAUAGAAUUUUUUAAUCGGAUCCGCCCACGCUAUAUCGUUUACCACAUGUUGCAGCCUCUUUGCACUGGGGAACUUUGGAACUGCAUCCGCACUGGCCCUCGCAAUUCCGAAAACACCAACCAACCUGAACGCGUAAUCCUUGUUGUUUCAGCUGAGGAUCUUCGCGCAGAAGGGAUCGAGCUCUCUUACGGCCUCUCUUGGGACAGGACCUGCGAGGAUUUUGUAGCUCAACUAGGGUCAGUAGGGAAGCUUGUCACGCUUGCGACAGCUGCACAUUUGAUUGUUCUCUUUGGGUGCGAUGGUGUUAUCUACCACCGCGGAGACCGAAUUUCGAGACCAAGACUGUUUUUUGAUCCGUUGAGAGCUGAGGGCGAAUUCAAGAAGCAAUACUCAGGUGACAUUCCGGGAGUCGCGGAGGCAUUCAUCGCAGGUUUCUCUAAAGAGUUCGCCGCAAAUGGAAAUUGGAACAUGGAGGAAAGUAUAGAAGAGGGGCUGCGAACUGCCAGGCGUCUGGUGAAGAAUGGCUUAGCACUAAGUUGUACACCCCAAGAUGUAUACAACAUCGAAGAGAUUAUGGGACAUAAUAGCUCUCCACAAGAUGAAAAAGAGAAAUUGCUGCGCUUUUCAAUACCCUCCGAUGUCAUCAGCAAAGGACGACCGGAGUGGUCCAUUCUGGAACAAGUUGUCGGCCAGCCGGAGGAAAUAGCCCGUCUUAUCGUCACAAAGGGCAUUCAAGCAGACAGCAUUGAGGUUCCUCUUGCACGCUUCAAUCGCCUAGUGCUCUUCGAUCGCAAGGAGAUCGAGCUCUUUCGUGGUCUCUCCAAUUCUCUCGCCCAAUACCUAGCUGCACCCCAGCACCGUCCUCUACACAUUGGUAUCUUUGGCCCCUCAGGCUCUGGGAAGUCGUUCGCUGCACGUCAGGUCGCCGAAGCUGCAUCGAGAGGGCGGAAUGUGCGCCACCUUCAUUUCGAUCUGAGUCAAUUUGUGGAUGCAAAUGGUUUAGUGGAAGCCUUCCAUGAAGUAAGAGACUGUACACUUGGGGGAUACAUACCCCUAGUCUACUUUCGGGCUUUUGACACCGAUUCUCACCCUUCCAUCGUCGACUGGCUUCCACAUCUCCUGGGUCCUAUGGCUAGUGGCAGCUUCUCUGUCAUGGGCGGGGUGGCUCGGCCCAUUGGAACGGCUGUAUUUUUCUUUGGAAUAACAGGUUUCAAAACGAAAGAAGACUUGAAGAAAAAGCCGAUGUCAGAUUUCCUCGGUCGUCUCCAUGGCUUCGUCAAUAUGGUCGGCCCAAAUCAAGUGAACGAGGGCCACGGACAGGAUGGGUUGUACCCUGUUCGACGCGCAGUCGUGAUAAGAACACUUCUUGAGGAACGGGAGGAAAAGCUAAGGUCUGGGCAGGCUAUCGAGAUCGACAACAGCGUCCUCAAUGGUCUUCUCCUGACACCACAAUAUCGCCAAGGCAUACACUCAAUGAAAUCCAUCAUCUCCAUGUCACGGCUCAACAAUUGCACCAAGUUCGAACGGGCAGCCCUACCGGCUGAAUCACAGAUCGAUCUGUUCGUCGACUACCAGGACUGGGCGGCUUAUAUGUGCGGCGUUCGCCUUCCAGUGGAUAUACGUGAACAGCUAGCCGAAAAGCUUCAUGAUAUGUAUCAGAAGCACAUCGAUAAAGCAGGCUCGGACCAACAGAAACAAAACCUCGUACCCUGGUCCCGACUCCGGGAAGAAUUCAAAGAAUCUUCGCGCGCACACGCAGAAUCGAUACCGAGCAAGUUGCGUCUGAUCUCUUGCUUCCUGGGCUUGGCUUCAGCACAACCCGAUCGGAAGCCGGUGGAACAGCUCUCCAAACUCGAGGUAGAAGUUUUAGCUAAAGCCGAGAAAAGCAGGUGGAAUGAGGAACGGUUAGCGAAGCAAUGGAGGAAGGGAGAAGAAAGAUCGGCGGAUCAGAGGACAUCCCCAUUCUUGAUCCCAUGGGACGAUUGCACAGAAGCGGUGAAGGAGAUCGAUCGAGCAAUGGUAGCCGUCUAUCCCAGUGACAAGUUCCUUCCCUCUACAUACAGAGUGUAUAGAAUGAAGCAGGUGUAG